UUUUUGUUUGCGCCAACUUACGCUGUGUGCGUACGCUGUAGCUGUGCGCUAUGGUGUCGUAAGAAGACCGCUCACGCCGAAAGUCUGCCGGUUUAUUUCACAAAAUUGUCUUUUGGCUGGCCACACACUGGCUUGCGAAACGGACUGACCAAUGAUAUCGAGGCUGAAGGCGAGACUUCUUCGUUUCUUCUUGCCAUCUCACAGCGACGGCACGCCGCCGGAGGAACACCGGCGCGCCACAGAGAAACGUAAACGCGACGAAAGCAUGGACGGUGACAACGACGACGACGACGAUGUCAUCGUCGAGGCUUGGAACAGCCGUAAGCACUUUCGCGCCGACGACACUCGCCUGGCAGGGCCGGGGAGACCGGAGAACCGUCGCGAGAGCUGGCUACGCUGGGCGAUCCGCAAGCCGAUGCAGAACUUCUUCGUCAGUCAGACGGUGCGCUGUCUCAGUCCGACCGGUCCACCCGAACCUCCUCGGGGGCGCCCCAUGGUGCCGCGGUUACAACCUCCCCACCAGCAGACGACGAUUUGGUCUCCAGAACGGCACCAGAGACCUACAUCUCGUCCUGCAUCGCUGCCUUCGGCGGCUGAGCCGACGUCGGAACCCGGUAGGCACGUCAUUAGGAACCACAAUUCACCGCUGUACUGCAGAACAAGCGGCGCGCCAGCGCAUAGAUCUCCGCCACAGAGUGUCGAAAUGCGCAGUUCGUCGAGUCCAACGAACUCCGGUUCCGCGGCUCCAAUACGCAACGGUGGUCGCUACCUCACUUCGACGCCGUACAGUUGCAUGCGACUUCAGGAGAAGCGUGAAUACCAGUUGCUUCUGCGGCAGCAGUGCACCGCUCCGCACGGCCAGUUGAAACCACGCUUGCGGGAUGCCACCACGAGUAGCAUCGGUGACGCCAACAGCAGCGCUGGACUCGCGAAGACCCAGUGGCCCCCUUCGGGACCCCCCCGAUCGCAAGGUGUGGUGAAGGCCGACAAACCGCGAGGUGAGAGGACAGCACCUGCCUCCUUGUUCGUGAACUCGUAUUCGUCUGCGAAGCACUUGACAUCUCCGAAGCUCAAAGCACCCUGGAAACCUUCACCGACUACUGCGCCAGCAUCAUCCAAACCUAUUCACCUGGCAUCAUCAUUAACAUCUGAUCCCGCUACAGCGAAAAAGUCGACGGCGUCAACUACAUCAUCGGUACGCACGGCGACCCCAGAUGUUCCCGAACUGCCUUCCAGCCACUUCUUUUCGUCAACAUGGCUUCAGGAACUAAAAGACAAGCUCACGCACAUGGACCAAGCUGCCCAGGCAAGCAUAAUCACCAAGGAGAAGAGUUUGGAAGGCCGGUUAAAGAAAGCCUAUUCAAUGCCCUCGAGAGAAAAGCCUCCCAUAACAGAGGUCGAGGCAGAAGUGACCAAGAAGGAAGUACUCCCCAAGCUGACGCCCAAGAUGGAGGCUGCCAUUGACCGUGCCCUGAGGCCGACUCCUCCCGACGAGGUGAUCGCCACGGGAUUCAAGUUGACGGUGACGCGUAAGGACAUGGAGACGCUCGGCGGGUUGAACUGGCUGAACGACGAGGUCAUCAACUUCUACAUGAACAUGCUCAUGGAGCGCGGCCGCACCAAACCGGGCCUGCCUUCGGUGUACGCUUUCAACACCUUCUUCUACCCCAAGCUUCUCUCCAGUGGUUACGCCGCCAUCAAGCGCUGGACCCGACGAGUGGAUAUUUUUUCACACGACCUUAUCCUCGUUCCCGUGCAUCUGGGCGUCCACUGGUGUCUGGCGGUCAUCGACUUCCGGCACAGCACGAUUCGUUAUUACGACUCCAUGGGCGGCCAAAACCCCAAGUGCCUCGAGGCGCUGCGCAAGUACCUGCAGGAAGAAAGCAGGGACAAGAAGCAGAAGGAACUGGACCUAUCCGACUGGACGUACGAGACUGUGAAGGACAUUCCGCAGCAGAUGAACGGGAGCGACUGUGGGAUGUUUGCGCUCAAGUACGCGGAAUACAUCACGCGGGAUGCCAAGAUCACUUUCGAACAGUUGAACAUGCCCUACUUCAGGAGGCGCAUGGUGUACGAAAUUCUCACCAACAAGCUUCUCUAAAACGAACGCGGACCAUCGAUUCAUUGGUGGCGCACAUCAUCUAUCUCGCAUCUGGACACGACGAGGCUUCGUGGCCUGUGCGACUUCUGGCAGCACUCUUUAUUUCUACACUUGCCGUCUGUGUCGGAGCUUUGCCAUGGAAUGUAGGGCUUCGUGGCCAUUUGUGGUCGUGAUAGCGGCGCGAUGAUUGUUCUGAACUCGGUUGGCAUGCACGGGUCGCUGUUGUGAGGAUGUGCUGGCGACCCUUGCCGUGCUUGUUAUAUAGCAUUUUCUAAUCUUUUGCAAAUUGUGGUCAUUUUAGAUGGAACGUGUCAUGCAUCAUAGCACUUGUCCGUUGCCAUCACGGAGUAUUUAUUCUCAGAAACUCCAUUCUUACAUAGCUCAUUUUCUUUAUUGUACCCAAGUUUCAGACAUAUCUGCUUCAUAUCUAGUGUUGUACUAUAAGUAGUCUCUUGACCGCUUUCUUUUUUUUCGCUUUUAUUCCUGGAGGAAAAGGUAUAUUUUAUAUUCGUGGAAGGAAUCAUGCGCUUUCUUAUCUCUGUAAUUUUUCAAAAAUGAACAAGGCAGACAUGACCGUAAUAAACACAAGUUUUACUAUUU